GUAAAUAUUUUCUAACUUUGCACCCACUUCACAAUACUUUUAAGACCUACUUUAAUAUCCAUAAACCCCAUCUUCUUUAUUCUACCACACACUCUCUCCUCUCUCUCUCUCUCUCUCUCUCUCUUCUCUCUAGCAACAAUGCAGCUCCGGUCAGUGGCCGUGGCCGCGGUGGUUAUUCUCUCACUAUUGCUCUUUCCUCCACCUAUUUCAGCUCAUAACAUCACACAUAUACUGGCAAAACACCCAGAGUUCUCAACCUUCAACCACUACUUAACCUUAACACACCUCGCACCAGAAAUAAACAAUCGUGAAACUAUCACAGUAUGUGCAGUGGACAAUGCCGGAAUGAACCAGCUACUAUCCAAACACCUCUCGAUCCAAACUAUCAAGAACGUAAUAUCUCUUCACAUUCUUUUGGACUACUUUGGUGCGAAGAAGCUACAUCAAAUAACAAACGGAACUGCAUUAGCUGCUACGAUGUUUCAAGCUACUGGUUCAGCUCCAGGUUCAACUGGUUUUGUUAAUAUAACGGAUUUGAAAGGUGGUAAAGUUGGGUUUGGUCCUGCUGAGAAUCAUGGUAAUCUACCAGCUAUGUUUGUUAAAGGUGUUGAAGAGAUACCUUAUAAUAUAUCUGUUAUACAGAUUAGUACUAUGUUGCCUUCUGCUGUUGCUGAAGCUCCUACACCAGAACCUAGUCACAUGAACCUUACAUCUUUAAUGUCUGCUCAUGGUUGUAAGGUAUUUGCAGAAACUUUGUUGAAGUCUCCAGCUGAGAAAACCUUUGAGGAUAACGCUGAUGGUGGCCUAACAAUUUUUUGUCCCGGAGAUGAUGCAAUGAAGAACUUCAUGACUAAGUUCAAGAAUUUAACUGACGAUGGAAAACAAUCGUUGCUCGAGUAUCAUGGAGUACCAGUGUAUCAAUCAAUGGCAACCUUGAAAUCGAACAAUGGAGUGAUGAACACCUUAGCUACUGAUGGAGCUAAGAAGUAUGACUUCGUAGUGCAGAAUGAUGGCAAUGUGGUUACUCUAAAGACGAAGAUUGUGACAGCGAAGAUAACUGGAACGCUUGUUGAUGAGCAGCCUGUUGCUAUCUUUACGAUAGACAAAGUUUUGAUGCCGAAGGAGUUGUUUAAGGCUGCAGAGGCGGAUGCUCCUGCACCUGCACCUGCAGCGGCACCAGAGGCUGAUGCAGAGUCACCUAAAUCAGCUAAGAAGAAGAAACAUAAGGCGCCUGUGGCAGCUGAUACACCAGCAGACUCACCGGCUGAUGGACCAACCGAUGAUUUUGCAGAUUCUACGGCUGAUGAUGAUAAUGGUGGCGGGUUUAGGUACAGCGGUGGGACUGUUGUUGCUGGAGUUUUGAGUAUGUGGUUUCUCUUUUUAUUGCUUUGAGUUAAAAUGGUGUUUGAAGGGCAGCCCUGGAGUGACCGGUAAAGUUGUUGCCGUGUGAUCAGGAGGUUGCGGGUUCAAGUGAGACCCUUUCCCGAGUCUUGUGCAUAGCGAGAGCUUUAAUGCACCGGACUGCCCUUUAUGAGUUAAAAUACUUUUUAUUGUGAAAUAAUUGUUGUUAUUCAUAUUGUAAUUUGUACUUUUUGUGUAUUAUUUUUUUUUUGGUCAAGGCUUUUUGUGUAUUAUUAGAAUAGAAUAGCUGGAAGUCUUUUGUGUCUUUUUUUUGGUUUGUUUGAAUACUUUUUGUUCUUUGUUGUUUCUUUGGACUAUAGUAUAUCAAUUUAUGACUUAUGAGCUCAAUAUUUUUGGAUAUUGAGCUGUAUAAAUCAUGUCAAGACUUGUAUAA